AUGGGCAAUGGCCAAAAUCCCUACGACUUCGUGUAUGCAGGCAAUCUCGCAGAUGCGUAUUUGCCAGCUGUUCAUGCCCUACUGGACGCUUGGGGUAAUCCUCGUCCCACAGAUCCCACGGUUCGUGUGGAUGGCGAGAUCUUCCACAUCACUAAUGAUAACCCCUGGUUUUUCUGGGACUUUCAGCGAGCUGUUGCCUCUGAGACUGGCAACGCUGUGCGUCCUGAAGAGAUUGUGGUCAUACUCAAAUGGGUGGGACUCAUGAUGGGGCUUGUGAGUGAAUGGACCGUGUGGGCGAUCUCGGGGAUCACCCGGACUCCCAAUAUGACUCGUGAAAGUAUUCGAUUCAGUACCCUUAUCCGCACACUUAAUAUCAGCAAGGCUAAAAGAGUGCUCGGAUAUCGUCCAAGGAAGAAUGACUUCCAAGGUUGGAUGCGUCGAGAGCUGGCUAUCUAUACCUAG